AUGGCCAAUCCGACACCCUCCCACCGUCCCCGUCCCCGCAAGGGCAGACCGGCGACCUCCCCCGGCUCCAACAACAAUUUGAUAUUGGAUAUUGGGGAUGGGAAACAAACCCCAGCAUUCCCACUAGUAUCGUUCCUCUGGGCAGCAAGAGCCGGCGUUUCGCAAUGGCUCAUUCUCCCGCUCGUCCUUAUGGCUGUUGGCCUUUUUCGAUGGGCUGUGAGCUUAUGGGGUUACUCUGGUUUUCAGGUUCCUCCCAUGCAUGGUGACUUCGAAGCGCAGCGCCAUUGGAUGGAAAUCACCACGCAUCUACCGAUGGCUCAAUGGUACACCUAUGACCUGCAGUAUUGGGGUCUUGACUAUCCGCCAUUGACGGCUUACCAUAGCUGGCUUCUAGGAAAGAUUGGCUCCGCCUUUGAUCCUGAGUGGUUCGCUCUGGAUGCUUCCCGAGGUUUCGAAGAUCCUAACUUGAAAGUAUACAUGCGUGCCACCGUGGUUGUUUCCGAGUACUUUGUGUUCAUUCCGGCCGUCGUCACUUUCCUCCGUCGCUAUACUCGUAUGCAGGGCGUCCACGCCUGGUCUGCCUCCAUCGCACUUGCGGCUAUUCUUCUGCAGCCGGGCAACAUCCUUGUGGACCACGGCCAUUUCCAAUAUAAUACUGUCAUGCUCGGACUGGUGGUAGCGAGUCUGGACGCUAUAAUGGCGGGACGUAUGCUCUGGGCCUGCAUUUUCUUCGUCGGCGCAUUGGGAUUCAAGCAGAUGGCGUUAUACUAUGCACCGGUCAUGUUCGCCUAUCUUCUCGGCGUCUGCACUUUCCCUCGGAUUAACAUCCCACGCCUCUUCAAUAUAGCGCUCAUCACGUUGGCCAGCUUUGCAUUGCUCUUGGCCCCGCUCCUGGUUGGUGCCUCCAAUGUCAAAGCCCGGGAAGUCUUUGUAUCUUCCCCGCCACCACCCUUACUGCAAUCACUUCCUAUUCAAGUGGAUAAGAGCUCCAUCUUAUAUGCACUACUAUUCCAGUUGACGCAGGUCAUCCACCGUGUGUUCCCUUUCGCGCGUGGACUAUUUGAAGACAAGGUUGCCAAUGCUUGGUGUGCUAUUCACACUUUUUAUAAGCUUACGCGCUUCGAUGCCACACUUUUACAGCGUGCAUCCCUCGCUGCCACCCUGACAUCCAUCAUCGUUCCGUGCGCCAUCAUCUUCCGUCAUCCCCGAGCGUCCCUUCUCCUCCCCGCUCUGUCUGCAGUCUCUUGGGGAUUCUUCUUGUUUUCUUUCCAGGUGCACGAGAAGAGUGUAUUGCUCCCUUUGCUACCCAUGACUCUGCUCCUUGCUGGAGACGGUGGGCUGAGCAAAGAGAUGCGUGCCUGGGUAGGCUGGGCCAACAUCCUUGGCUCAUGGACCAUGUACCCCCUGCUCAAGCGCGACGAGCUAAGAAUUCCUUACUUUGUUCUCACCAUGCUUUGGGCAUACCUUCUCGGUCUUCCCCCCACUUCGUUCAAGACUUACCGAAGCCGGGUACCACGGGAUACCUCAAGUGGUCAAUUCGAGCCCAGCACUCUGACCACCCUCCUUCACUUUAGCUUUUAUAUAGUCAUGAUUGCCUGGCAUGUUCUUGAGGCAUUUGUGGCUCCACCCUCGGGAAAACCCGACUUGUGGGUGGUCUUGAAUGCCCUGAUCGGGGCUGGUGGCUUCGGCAUUGCUUAUCUGUGGUGUAUGUGGAAAUUGUUCACCCAGUGUCGCCAGAUUGAUCGGCAGACGGCUGGGGAGGAAAGCCAAAAAAAGAAGCAGUGA